UUGCACUAGCGUAAAGCUUUAUGGGUAGGAUACCGACGUCCUUGUCCUACUAAGCGCACAUCGACUGCCUUCACGCAGGGGUUUGGGGAUUGCUGUCAUUCGUUUGUAUUCGAAUAAAAUCUGAUCUUCAUAUAUGAUGGCAGCAAGAUUUCUCCGCUGUGCUCUCCCUGUGCUGAGGCAUGCUCGCUCCUACGCCGAGGCAGCUUCCGUUCCUACGCAAAUGUCCUUCACUUUCGCCUCCCCGACACAGGUGUUUUUCAAAGAGGCCAGUGUGAGACAGGUUGAUGUGCCCACACUCACUGGUGCAUUUGGUAUCCUACCUGCUCACGUACCCACCUUGCAGGUGCUCAGGCCUGGUGUUGUCACAAUCUUCAAUGACGAUGGCUCAUCUGCCAAAUACUUUGUGAGCAGUGGGUCAGUAACAGUCAACACCGAUUCCUCAGUGCAACUGCUAGCUGAAGAGGCUGUUCCCUUGGACCAGCUGGACAUUACAGCUGCCAAGGCCAACCUGGAGAAGGCCCAGUCUGAUUUGGCUGGCAUAUCUGACGAGGCCGCGAGGGCAGAAGUUCUGAUCAGCAUAGAGGCCAACGAGGCAAUCGUCAAGGCUCUGGAGUAGAUGUGUGGUAUGACACGUUGGCUUCACCGUUGUGAUGUAAUCUUCUCUGUUUUCUUUGAUGGAAAUCAAUGGUCCGCCUGGGUUUCUGGCUCAGCUGGUCUCCAGAAGAUUCCUUUCUUUGUACAGUGGAUGGAAUUAAAAAUAAAUUUAUUUGGAAUUUUCUGGU